AGUUGUUUCUUUCUAUAAACACACAAAGCGUGAGACGAAGCCCGUUUUAUUUAUUUAUUAUUUAAUUCGUUUUUCCUAUUUAUUUAAUAUAUCCGCUAGAAUAUUUUUCGAGAAUUAGAUAAAUAUUAUCGAAAUUUCCCGCUAAGGAUAAGUAGAAAAAGAAAAGAAAUUAUAGAUUAGAAGAUGAACUGAUAUAAAAUUUCUGAUGUUAUCUAAAAAGAAAGAUUUAAAAUAUUUAAGUGAUGGUGUUGCUGGAAAAUACGUUAAAAAAGAAACACCACCAAAUCUUCCCAUUGUUAAUGUAUGGACAACUAUAAAUCAUCAACCUCGUAAAAAAAAUCCUGCCUUUCAGCGAAAAGGGGGAAACACCGGAGAAGUUCAGCAACCUGUGCAGCCAACCAGUUUAGCCCAAAAAUGUGCUAAAGCAUCACAGAAUCACACACAAAAUUCCAAUAGGUUAUCACCAUUAAAUCAGACAUCAAACCAAAAUAUUGGGCCAUUAUUAAGAUCAUCAUCUCCUCUACAAUCAGCAUCAUCUACUAGCAUUGGAGCACAGAGAAAUGUUGGUGAUUCCAGUCAGCCAUCAUCAUCUAAAGUAACAAAUGUUCCCUUGUCUAACAGAUUAUAUAUCCCUUCCACACCUGAAACUUAUCCAAGAUUUCAGCAAGUACAAAAUAAUGACAACAGACAUUUACCUAGUUUGGGACAGUCACGAAUCUAUGUUAACCCUUAUGUAACUAGUACAAGUUCUGAAAAUAAUAAUUCUGAAAAUCUUAUUGAAGAUCUUCAGACAGAAGGAAAAGCAAUCGCUUCUCCAGUUCCUCUUGUAGAUCAAUCUUUUACAUGUCGAGAUCAGGAUGAUAAUUACCAAGUUCAGUUAUACCAUGAACAAAUUAGGCAACAAUACUCACAGGAACAAGUUUCUUUUCAGCAGCCAGUACAAGAUGUUAAUGUUUCAGUUGCUUCUGCAUCUGGAAUAGUAAGCAGUACACCAAGUAUUCAACAGUAUGCUCCUGUUUAUCAAACUACAGCAGCAGCAUAUUCUACAGCAUUAAUUGCUACUUCACAUGUGCAACAGUCAGUAGCCAGCAGCCAAAGUAUCCAACAUCCAUUAACAGCAGCAGCGACACCAACAUCUCCAGUACCCAUUUUAAAUCCUGCAACACAUGCACCAUUAAAUACUAGUAAUCCACCUGUUCAAGAAGAAAGUAAUCAUCAUCAACCAUUCACGCAACAAGAAGAACUUCCACUUCCACCGGGAUGGUCUGUUGACUAUACUAUGAGAGGUCGUAAAUAUUAUAUAGACCACAAUACCAAGACAACACAUUGGAGUCAUCCAUUUGAAAAAGAAGGUUUACCCACUGGAUGGGAAAGGAUUGAAUCACCAGAUUUAGGUGUCUAUUAUGUCAAUCAUGUCACAAAAAUUGUUCAGUAUGAACAUCCGUGUGCCACUCAGUACGGUCAACAAAACUGCGGAAUCCAACCGACACUGUCCAUUGCUCAAACGAGGCAGCCUCCUCCGAGACAUACCGAUUUCCAUCAGCAUAAUGUUUUAGUUCCUGCAAAUCCAUAUUUAACAGAAGAAAUUCCUCAUUGGCUUUAUGUAUAUUCGAGAGCACCGCCAGAACUUGAUUAUAAGUUAAAGUGGCAAUUAUUUCGUCUACCCGAAUUAGACUGCUUUCAGGGAAUGUUAAAUAGAUUGCAUCGACAAGAAUUAGAAGGUAUAGUCAUGAAAUACGAAGCAUAUCGUCUGGCGUUACUUCGCGAGAUGGAAAGAAGACUUAUUGAACAUCAGUAGCUUUUCUUAGGUUUUAUUUUAUUAUGUAGCAAAUAUUUUAUGUUUAGUUUUAGAAGGAAUUAAGAUUUAGCCACUUUAAUGAUUUUAAUGGCAUAAACUUUUAAAUGUUGAUGACAUCUAAAAAUAUUUAGAAGUCUUAGAAUGAAAAAAAGAGAGCAUUUUAUUGAUAAAGAAUUUAUCACUAUUAUUUACAUUGUUUUUUGAAGCAACAAUCAGUUAAAUUGUUUAGCAUCUCUAAUAAUUGAUUCCAUCUAAUUUUGUUGUUAUUUCCAUUCUAAAUGACAUAAAAGUGUUAGAAGUAGGUUUUAUUUUUAGUUUUAAUAAAAACUUGCAGAGAAUUGCUAUACCAGAAUUUUAAGUUGUAAAUCAAAGUUCAAAAUAGGAAUUCUACCAAAAAACUAAAUUUCUGCUUUCAUGAUGAUUAAUUUUAGUAUCUGUGACAAAACUUGUGUAUUUUCUUGUGGGUUGUUUAUAUUAUAUUGCUAUAAAUGUGCCUUAGUAUUUUGAUGAAAAGUGAUGUUUUUUCAUGUUUUUCCAAAAAUUUUACUUGCAUUCAAGUGAAAUUUAAUUAGAAAAAUUGUUAACUUGUCUCAAAAUAUUUCCGGAUGAUAAUGGAUAUGUUAGAAUGAUCUUUAGAGAAGAAAUGCCAUUCAUUUAAAAAUUCAUAUUAACUCAUUAAUCUAAGUUUCAAAGAACAUAAACUUAGAAAGCAAUAUAACUUUUUAUGAAGAGAAGAAAAAAACAUAUUGAAUCACAAAAUUUAAACAUAAACAGGAUGUUUAUUCAGAGUGAAAAUAUUGUAAAAUGAUGUUAGUGCUUUAGAACAAUGAAAGUUAACAUUCUGUGAAAAUUCCAUUACAGAUUUUAAAAAAGAUAUGCAAUAAGAUUUGUUUAGGAAGGUUUAUUAAAAUGUUUGUUUGUAUUCUAAACCCUUGCUCAACCAAUUACCAUUCAUUUUAUUUUAAAUACUUGAAGAUUUAUUGCUUAUCUUCAAACUCUGGUGUUGAAUUUAAUUGUAAUUUAUUGUGAAAUUUAUUUGCAAUGUUUAGUACAACUUGUUUUCCACAGAUAUUAAUAAUAUGCCACACAAGUUAGAUAAUUUGAAAAGUUGCAUUUUCAAUUAUUAAACUUCAAAUCAACGAAAGUUUAUUGCAUAUAAUAACUGUCGUAAAAAUUUUUGUUUCUAGUGGAAUUUUAAAUAUAUUUAUUACUGAAGUUAAAAAAAAUUUACUAUUAGCUGGAUAUUUUUUCUUCAAGCAGAUGAUCCUGAAAGAUGCAAUUGAUUAUAAAUUAAACUUUAACACAUUUACUGACAGAAAAAACUGCAAGUAGUAUGGGAAAUAUUUUUUAAUUGGAUUUUAGCUUUGUGCUAUUUUUAUUGCAGAGAAUUUAUCCUCUGUACUAUAUAUAUAUUGUCAGUUGUGAUAAGAUACUUAUUUAAAUUGAUAAAACGUUGUGUCAAAGUUAUUCCAGUUGACAAUUCAUUGAUAUGUAAGUAUUAUAUGGAACCUAUUUAUCUUUGGCAUCUUUCCAAAACAUAUGAUCUAGAUCAAUUAAUAUUCUGAAAAUGUAAAUAACUAAAGCCAUCAUUAAUAUUUUUGAAGUAUCUCGUGUGCACCUUUUGGAAACAAAAGUGUUUUUCUUAUUCGUCUUCAAUAUUUGCUAAAUUGUUAUAUCAUAAAUCUGCACUUAGAUUAGUAAUGGUGAUAGAAAAAAAUAUUAUAGUAUCACAAAGCAUAUCUGAGAUUGUUUUUUCAGUAGCAUAAUUAUUUGAAAUUUUCAGUAAGACUUUAAGAUUCAAAUUGCCAAUUAGGCAUUUACUUUUAUUGACAAAUGUGCAGAGUGCUUUUGAGCUGUGUGUCUACAGAUCAAAAUUUGAGUAGUUAGUAUUUAUUUACUAUUGUACUGAAUUAUUAUGACCUGUCUUCAAUAUAUAGAAUACAAAAAAAAUUAAAUUUUAUUAUAAACUGAAUGUUAUUCUGCAGAACUCAAUUACUUAUUACCAAAAAUAGUGUGAUAGAACUGUGAAAGUUACAUAUGUGCCUUUUGAAAAAUUUUAUUAAAUUAACUAAAAUGACUGAUGCAACCAAAUCCAAAGUCAAUAUUAUGAUUUGCUUUUGACUGUUACAUCAAUUGUAACAAAAGUCUUAUUGUUAGGUAAUUUUUUUCUUUUCCUUUAUAUUCUUUUAUAGAAUGCAAUCUAGUUUUUAUAUUAUAACUGCACUGCAAAAUAAAUCCAGUAUUUCAACUGCAAAGUUAUGUAAUAAAAUAUAUGCAAAGAUGACAAAGAAAUUUUAAGUAUCUAAUGUUUACAAGUUUAUGAAAAUACAUUCUUACUUAUGCAUCAAAUUCAAUAUAUACAGUACAAAAUCAAUGCACUCUUCAUUUAAAUUUUAUUCCUGUUUUUAACUAUUGUAUUUGUCAAAAUGAUAAUUGUGUAUAUAAUUUUCAAAGUAUUGAAAUUUAAUCUAACAUUCAAAAAUAUGCAUACCUAUUUUGGUAAUGAAAAUAGCAAUAUAAUCAAGACGUAGUAAAAGGUUCUCUCGAUUUUGGCACCGACUCCUAAGAUGCUUUGUUACAGGAUUUACGAUUCUGGUAGAAGUUUUUUAUAUGUAUAUACAUAUUGGUGCCAUAUUUUAGAAUUUAAACUGUAAUAAUUUGGUAGUUUUAUAGGCAAAACUUUUCUAUGUCACUCGAUGCUUAUAAUGCUUUUUAUCAUCAAUGAGUGGAGAGAUAAAUAUGUAGUAUUUAUUAAAACUUAGAUUCUUGACAAUUAGCAGAGAAAAUGUAGGAUCUUAAAAUUGCCAUAGUUGACAUUACUUCUGUAACGACAUGAAUAAAAAUCUUUUAACACUGCGUUAGGUUUUCAAAGAAUAGUAAACAUGAUGAUUAAUAUAGAAAUACAUUGUAAAUUUAGAGAACUAAAAAUGUAUUUUUCAAAACCCGACGAGAAUGGCCACAUUUCUUUCGACUCCAGAAGAAACGUGGCCAUUCUUGUCGGGUUUUGAAAAAUAUGUUUUUUAGUUCUCUAAAUUUAAGACGUAUUUCUGGAUUAAUUGAUAUUAUAAGCCAAUCCGUGAUAGUAAGAUUUCAAGUUUCUAUAUUGUUAGCACUUUCUACAACACAAGAUACCUGCGUAAACAAUAUAAAUUUGCUAAGCUGCUCAAGUGCUAUACAUAAAUUGGUUGUACUUUGUACUGUAAAUUUUUAUAAACUUGAUAUUUUUUAUUUGUAAAAAGCUGGCACGA